UGCUGUUUUGUGGUUCACAAGAGGUGCCAUGAAUUCGUUACUUUUUCUUGUCCUGGAGCAGACAAGGGACCUGACACUGAUGAUCCCAGAAGCAAGCAUAAGUUCAAAAUCCACACGUAUGGGAGCCCAACGUUUUGUGACCAUUGUGGUUCAUUACUUUAUGGACUUCUGCACCAAGGGAUGAAAUGUGACACCUGUGAUAUGAAUGUUCACAAACAGUGUGUAAUAAAUGUCCCAAGUCUUUGUGGAAUGGAUCACACAGAAAAAAGAGGGAGGAUUUAUUUGAAGGCCGAAGUGACUGGUGACAAGCUGGAAGUCACAGUGCGGGACGCAAGAAAUCUAAUUCCUAUGGAUCCUAAUGGACUCUCAGAUCCAUAUGUGAAACUGAAACUCAUUCCAGAUCCUAAAAAUGAAAGUAAACAAAAAACAAAAACCAUCCGUUCCACACUCAAUCCACACUGGAACGAGACAUUCACAUUCAAAUUAAAGCCUACAGACAAAGACAGAAGGUUAUCUGUGGAGGUCUGGGACUGGGAUCGAACAACUAGGAAUGAUUUCAUGGGAUCCCUUUCUUUUGGGGUGUCAGAACUGAUGAAGUCACCAGCCUGUGGAUGGUACAAAUUACUUAACCAGGAAGAAGGCGAGUAUUAUAAUGUACCAAUACCAGAAGCUGAUGAAGAUGGAAAUGCAGAAUUGAGACAGAAGUUUGAGAAAGCCAAGCUUGGUCCAUCAGCUAACAAAGUUAUAACUCCAGUUGAAGACCGGACUUGUAAUUUACCAUCCAAUAAUCUUGAUCGGGUUAAACUAACAGAUUUCAACUUUCUAAUGGUACUUGGAAAAGGGAGCUUUGGAAAGGUGAUGCUAGCGGAACGAAAGGGAACAGAAGAACUGUACGCAGCCAAAAUAUUGAAAAAAGAUGUGGUCAUUCAAGAUGAUGAUGUAGAGUGUACCAUGGUUGAAAAGCGGGUUCUAGCCUUGAUGGACAAACCUCCUUUCUUAACACAGCUUCACUCUUGUUUCCAGACUGUGGAUCGCCUGUACUUUGUCAUGGAGUAUGUGAAUGGUGGUGACCUCAUGUAUCAUAUUCAGCAAGUAGGAAAAUUUAAGGAGCCCCAAGCAGUGUUCUAUGCAGCAGAGAUCUCAGUGGGCCUUUUUUUUCUCCAUAAGAAAGGAAUUGUUUAUCGAGAUCUGAAAUUAGAUAAUGUAAUGUUGGAUUCUGAAGGACAUAUUAAGAUUGCAGACUUUGGCAUGUGCAAGGAGAGUAUGAGCGAUGGAGUGACAACAAGGACCUUCUGUGGGACUCCAGAUUAUAUUGCACCAGAGAUUAUUGCCUAUCAGCCAUAUGGAAAGUCAGUGGACUGGUGGGCUUACGGAGUACUUUUAUAUGAGAUGCUGGCUGGUCAGCCUCCAUUUGAUGGUGAGGAUGAAGAUGAACUCUUUCAGUCAAUAAUGGAACAUAAUGUUUCCUAUCCCAAAGCAAUGUCCAAAGAAGCUGUGUCCAUCUGCAAAGGGUUAAUGACUAAACACCCUGCAAAACGUCUCGGCUGUGGGCCCGAAGGAGAAAGAGACAUUAGGGAACAUGCCUUCUUCAGGAGAAUUGACUGGGAUAGACUGGAGAACAGAGAUAUCCAGCCUCCGUUCAAACCUAAAGUGUGUGGCAAGGGUGCCGAAAACUUCGACAAGUUCUUUACCAGAGGACAACCAGUAUUAACGCCACCUGAUCAGCUGGUCAUUUCUAACAUAGACCAAACAGAUUUUGAGGGGUUCUCCUAUGUCAAUCCACAGUUUGUACAUCCCAUGUUGCAGAGUGCAGUAUGAAAACCAUAGACUCAGGAAAGCAACCCAGUGGAAAAUUGCCCUUUAGCCUUGGAGUUUUUAGACCUUUGCCUUGUUGAUUCCAUUUGGGUCUGGGAAUUGUAGGGAUAAGGAGGAAGGGAAGAUGCCAAGGAACGUGUGGAUGUAGAAGAUCACCCAGUGUAUUUAUCUAGGAAUCACUGCUGCUUAUAGAUUACUGCUAGCCUUUGUCAUUUUUAUAACUUUGACUAUUUUUCUCUAUAUCCUGUACCUCUGAAAACUUCUUCUUAGAUGGUUAGUAAUGGAUCUGAGAGUAUCAUGUGGGGUUAAGAAAGAAAGUGAUGGAAAUGUAAGUGGACUGAAUAAUAAGGGGCCUGGGAAAAAAAUGGAAUAAAGGGAAAUCCAGAAAAUUUACUUCAAUAUUACAGUUGGCCAGAUCGCUGUUAAAACAAAUAUAUGAACAAACAAGGCCCGUAAGAUCUUUUAAGAUUAGUUGAUCAAAAUAGAGGUUUCGUAUAAGUUUUCGCUAAAAAGUUUUCAGUAUAAAAUAAAAAUUAUGUGCAUAGGAUGAAUACUAACUAGAGCCUGUGAUGAACUAGCUCAAAGGUAAAACUGCUUAAUACUGAUAUAUGUAUUAUUUUUAAUCUCCAUGAGAUUAUAUUAUGAUCCAGGGUGCCAUUUUGCUGUUUAAUUUACACCACUAGUCAAGUUUAUUGUAAAGCUAGUUUUAAUAUUUUAUCCUAAAUAUUUCUUAACUUGGCUCUGAAGCUAAUCUACACAUCCCUAACUCUUCAAUUUAUACUUAUUUAUUUAGUAAACUGCAUGAAUAGAAUAUAAAAAGUGUACAGUAAAUUAAUAGAGAUGUAGAGUUCAGAGUCAAGCCUGAGAUAAUUAAGGAAUGUUUCUAAAAAUAAAUUCAGCUUUUAAGAUACUGGUUUAGAAUACCUGGAACCACAGAAAUCAAAGUGAAAAUUAACACAGAAUAAGUUUUCUUCAACUGCUGUUGGAAGCUGUUGAAUACAUUUUUGAAUAUGCAUCAUGCAAUGAAUUUUGCAUGUUUAAUGAACAACAUUAAGUUAAUCUAUAUUAUGGGUAAUUGUAUCUCCUAUGGUACACAUUUUAAUAAGACACAGCUGUGCUAUACUAGUGAAGCUUAGUGUUCUAUUACUAUUUGGGUUUUGUUUAGGACUUUUAAAAUGCUGCACCUUGGUGAUAGUUUAGGGAAAUCUGUGCUCUGUGCGUUAUUUUUAUGUCGUUCUGCUGCUACAUUAUCUUAAACUGCUAUAAGAUUUUGAGCACAGUGAACACAGUGCACACACAUGUGCAAAGUUUACCCAUUCCCAGCCAGGAAAGAGAAGCUGCUGGUGCAUGGAGGGCCAAUUCUCCCCAUCCCUCUGCAGAGAACUUGCACCAUAGCCCUCAGUCAAUUCUUCACGCUCAAGCAGUUUGAAAAGCAGCAUGAGGGUUAUGUGAGAAAGGAACUUGAACAGGAAACGUGGGGAACAACCGUUUACCUGCACAUUUUUUCUUCCUUCAGUAUGAGGCUUCCUUUCAAGGGGAAACUGGACGCUUACUGCAUAUCUAUUACUUUUGGUGGGUGGGGGAGGAAAACAAUAUAUUAGAGCUAUAAUUAUCAGAGUUUUCAUAGAGUUUUAUACCCCUGCUUUUAAAUUGGUUCCCUCCCCCCCCCCCCGGCUAUUUCACUAGAAGAUACCCAUUUUUAAGGUCGAUAAAUAGCGGAUUUGUAGGUUUUUUGCAUGUAAAUGUGAUAUGCUUUUUCUUGUAAUGUUUUCCCUCUUAAUUUCUGUACACUUAGCUGCCGAAAUAUGUGCAUGAGAGCCCCUGGAAGGCCCAUCUGCUUAUUAAUUUUGUCACAGAAAAAUGUGCCCUCAAAAUGAAAUGUAUUCCAUAAAAUUAUGAAGAAGAGGUUCCCAACUAUAUUUGAAGAUUAAUUUUUCAUACCAGUUUAAAAGUGUGCAAAAUCCCCUUUUGUAACCUCUUGCUCCCCUGAACAUACUCAUUUUCUCCAAGGAUCUGUGCAAGGGUCACUUUAUACUUGCUUUUUUGCCGCCUUCUGGAAUUCUCUGGGACAGAGAAACAUGCACAGCAUGUUCUGUGUGAACAGAACACACACAAAUACACACUUUUCAGUGUGUGUGGAAUUUAUUAGGAAAGCUAUUUUGAAUACAGGUGGUCAGGAGGUGUGCAACCAUGACAAAAUAGACCAGGUUUUCAUAUGUAAUGGCAUGUGUUUUCUCUACAACUGUGUGCCAAAAAGCAUUUGUAAAGGUGACCCUAAACCUAAGCCCCAAAUAAACACCACAUCGGCUGUGAAACAACUGUGGCCAUGAGCCACUUGGGAAAAUGGAAGAAUCUAGUUUGAGAUGCCAUGUUGUGAGCCACCUGGGAUCACUGUGUGAGAUAGGCAGCCAUAUAAAUUCAGUAAAUGAACAAAUUACAAGAAGAUUGACAUCUCACCAAACAUGUAAUGUGAUAGUUACAAUUUUUUGUAAACUUUGCUGCCCCGUGUAAAAAUAUUCCUGCCCCAUUUAGCACUUACAUGAGCACACUCCUGAUUCCAGUUCCUAUAUCUAGUGUUCCAAAUUGUCAUAAAGAAAUAAAUAGGCCUGCAAAAAUGUACUAUAUCUCUAGUUCAGCUGAGAAUCAACUAACUAAACAGCUGUGCAAACUGCAGUACUGAAGAGACACCAACAAGUAACUUAAAACAGGAGAUGCUCAUGCCGUUAAGUGGAUGUAAUAUUGGAAGUUGUAGCAGACUAUGAAUAAGAGAUCUUUAAGCAGGGCAAUGCAGAUUUAGCUGUUUUUUAAUAGUAUAAAUAUUUUUAAAUGUAUUAAAUAUUUGUUAAGUAUAUUUAUACUUAUAAUGUAAUAGUAUAAAAAUUUAAAAAUAUGACCAGUAUACAGAAAGCAAUUGUUACACAUAAAAAGGUUAAACAUAUUAGAUAAAACUUAAUUGACAUCAACUUCUCCUUUGCCUAUUUUUCAGGACAUAGCCAGUUUUAAAAAAAAUGUGCACAUUUUGCCUUUUUAAGCAUAUAAUUUCAUUAGGCUGGGCCAGUGCCUAAUGGAGAACUUUUGGGGCAGAGAUCAACCACCAAGCCAUAAACUGGGCAUUUAAUAUUUUAGGUCAAGUCCCCCAAUUUACUCAAAUACACUUCAAGUUAUUGGGGAGAUGCACCUGUCAUGGUAAUAGCACUUUGGGGAACAUAAUACAAAAUUACCAUGAACAUCCUGAGUAGAAAAACUUUUUCAAGAAACUAUGGAUUUUGCUUACAGAAAAUCCUAGGUUUCUUCAGACUCCUUUCAACUGAUUGCUUUGUAUGUAUGAUAUAUCACAAUAACACUGUUAUUAAUAAGUGCCAAAAUUGUGUAUAACACUUCCACAGUGAAAGAAACAAAAUGCCAAGUUUCUCUAAUGUAAAAUCUGGUGUUUGAGGUGUUUUAUUCAAGUCCGAAGUAUUCGAGUAUCUUUACUAAAAAGAGAUGCCAUGACAUGUAUGCAGACUCUCAAAAUCAAAUAAUUUGCUGUAAAAAUAUACAUUACAGGUAGUCCUUGACUUAUGAUCAUUUGUUUAAUGACCGU